AUGAACAAUUCCAAACCAGUAUUAACUCUUGACGAAUUUUUCAAUUAUACAAAAUUUCCAUCAUUGACUUUUUCGCCAAAUGGUCAAUAUUUACUUAUUCAAAAGAAUCGUCCAUCAUGGAAUUCAAAUUCAUAUGAGAAUAGUCUUUGGUUAUAUGAGAUCAAAGAACAACAAAAGCAAUUAAUUACAAGUCAGCUUGAUCCUAGUUUUCGACCACGAUGGUCAUCAAAUGGAAAACGAAUUCUAUUUUCACGAGAGAAACCCAUGUCCUUGAAAUCGGGAAAAAAUCAGCGAUUAAUCGCGAUUUAUCGAAACGAUAAUCGUGCACUAAAUCGCGAUUAA